AUGUCCACCACCGGCAGUACGACAACAGCCACGGCCACGGCCACCACGAAGGAGGUGGUUGCAGAAAAGCAAAAGCCCCAGCACGAGGAACAUUCCUCGGAGCUCGAUAUUGAGGAAGACAUCGACACGGCGAAUCCGGCCUAUGUGAAGCGACUGAAGAGAAAGAUCGAUGUGAGGAUAUGUCUUGUCCUUGGAGUGUUGUAUACGGUUUCAUUGGUGGACCGUGUCAAUCUGCCUAAUGCAGUUGUUGCUGGAAUGAGCACAGAUCUAAAGUUGAAGGGGAAUGCUUAUACCCUUCUUGUCCUUGUGUUCUUUCCAUUCUACAUAUGCUUCCAACCACCAAUGACUGCGAUUGCGCGAAAGCUUCGUCCGGGACGGUUUUUGUCCUUUAUCGUCACCGCGUGGGGACUGGUUAUGGUUGGGCACGGUCUUGUCCACGCCUGGAGACCUAUGCUUGCCCUUAGGAUUUUGCUUGGUAUUCUUGAGGCCGGUUUCUUCUCAUCAUGUGCCUAUUUGCUGUCUACUUGGUACACGCGCGCAGAGGUGGCCAAGCGGAACGCCGCUUUUUAUCUGCUAGGAAGUUUGAUUGCCGGAUUUGGUGGUAUUCUCGCAUAUGGGCUUUCCAAGAUGAAUGGUGUCGGCGGCUAUGCAGGAUGGAGAUGGAUCUUCAUCAUGGAAGGCAUCAUUACUGUGUUCUUUGGCCUGCUGGCAUAUUUCCUGAUCGUUGACUUUCCCGAAGACGCGCACAAGUCGUUUCGCUUUCUCAAAGACGAGGAAAUCAAGACGGUCAUUGAUCGCAUCAACCGAGACCGAAGGGAUGUCCAGGCUCCGCCGUUCCGAUUGGUGCCGUAUCUCAAGAACGCAUUGGACUGGAAAAUCUGGCUUUACGCGGCAAACUUUGGCUUGACUUCGGUCGUAACCUACGCCGCGGCGUAUUUCUUGCCGAUCGUCCUGAGACAAGGGCUGGGAUUUUCAGAGGCGGCUGCCCAAUGUUUGAGUACUCCAUGCUACGUGUUCGCUUCCAUUUUGGGGUUUGGAGAAAGUGUGAUUUCCGAUCGGAUCCAGCUCCGCACGCCAUUUUUGUUGUUCAACUGUGUCAUUGAAGUGAUUGGCGUUGUUGUCCUGGGAUAUGCAAAAGGCAGCGGUGUCCGAUAUUUCGGGGCCUUUUUGAUCAUCGGCGGCGCUCAGUCGAAUAUCCCGUUGAGUCUGACUUACCAAGCAAACAAUAUCCGAGGUGUGUGGCGUCGGGCUUUUUGCUCGGCGACCAUUGUCGGUGCUGGUGGGAUUGGUGGGAUUAUUGGGUCUUUGACUUUUAGGAGUCAGGAUGCUCCGAAUUACAGACCCGGCCUAUACACAUGUAUCACCGCUGCAUGUCUGACUUUCCUGUCUGUCUGCACCACCACCACGUAUUUCUACGUCCAGAACAAGAAGCAGAAGCAGGGAAGGACCGUUAUUGAAGGACUGGAAGGGUUCAGGUACACUUAUUGA